AGUGCUGUAGAUAUAGAUGAGCUAGCUGAGAAUUCUCUGCAGAACUUGGCUGACUAUCCCAAAAUUGAUGUAGCUCAUUUGUUUCCAUGCGCCAUGACACCUUCUGAGUUCUUGGGAACUUUCAAAAAUGGCAUGUGGAUUGGAGGUAUUCUAGAAAAAAUUGUCAGAGAUUCAUACUUGAUUUGGUAUUCAACUAAGACUGUAGCAGAGAACAAGAAAACCCAAGACAGGAAAAAUGCCAAAAUCCAAGAUGACUCACCAUCAGUUCUCCAAAGAUGGCUGGUAUUUGAUGGUGACUUGGAUCCAUCUUGGACGGAAGGAAUGAAAACUUUGCUGGAUGAUACAAAAUACUUGUCUCUUGGAAGUGGAGAGCAGAUAUACCUUCAAGGAACAACCAGUUUAAUCUUUGAAACAUGUGAUCUGAAAACAGCAUCUCCAUCUAUAGUUUCCAGAUGCUCGGUUGUCCACUGUGGACCCAGUACCAUGUCGUGGUCAGCACUUUACUUUCACUGGAAGCAGAAUGCUAGCACCUUAUGGCAACUUUCUCCUGUGGGGGUUACAAUCUUGGAUGACCUGAUCAGUGAUAUCUUCCCUUCAACUGUGAAGUUUUUGACAUCAGAAUGCUGUACUGCCCUUUUAACAGAUCUAGAUCAAGCUACUGUCACUGCUAAUCAUGUUAUUCCUGGACUGACGGAAGUCUCUGCUUUUCUACACAUGUUAUCUGCCAUGUUGGACAAAUUCUCUAGGAGAGCUCACGCAGGCAAGAAUAUGAAAAUAAGAAAAGACAACUCAUCUUCAGCAGGAGCAGACAGUGGCUUAGCCACCUCUUCACAGAUGGAAUCAGUAAAAGCCGACUGGGGAGAAACCAUCAAGGGCAUGUUUGCCUUCUGCUACAUUUGGGCUUUUGGUGGUCAUCUGCAUGACAGGUUCAAAGAACACUUCAGCAAGUUUGCACAUGAUACUCUGUACCGAUCCAGACAGUCUGUACGUCUGCCAAUAUCAGGCUUGGUAUUUGACUACUAUCUCGAUGAGAACACAGCGGGCUUUGUCAGAUGGAGUGAUCGUCAGAAUCAGGGUCAUGCAAAAUUGACGGGUGACUUUAUAGUGAUACCAGAAGUUGAUCGGUAUGUUUACCUGUUGGAAAUGCUCACGUCUGCCCAUCGGCCUGUACUGUUGAAUGGAGCACCUGGUGUUGGCAAGACUUCCCUUGUGAAGCACACAGUCCUGUCCAAGCAACCAUCUACAACAGUCACCAUGUCUCCAGGCCUGACUACAUCCAUUUUGCAAAACCUGUUGGUGAGUCAUGGCUUGGCCACUCAGAAUACAAACCAUGCCACCACCAGCACACCGUUGACUAAACAAAAGCAUCUGUUCUUUAUUGAUGAUCUGAGCAUGGCAUCCGUUGUUGGAGGUUAUAACCCCAAUCUUGAGCUUAUCCGCAGCAUUCUCACUUUUGGAGGAAUCUAUGACAGACAGUGGAAGCCUUUUCAAAUGAUAAAGUCUGCUUCAUUUAUUGCUGCAGCCACUUUUCCUUCAAUGCCAGGAAGUGGACUUGGCAGUUCUUCUCAUGUUAUAUCAUCUCGACUGUCGAGGCAGUUUAUCAGCCUCACAGUGUUUUCCCAGUCUGAUGAUACUUUGCAGAAUCUGUACUCACGACCCUUGCAAACAUGGCUUGAAGAAUUCCCAGUCCAUACAGUGGAACAUCACUGUGAAUUUGCAAAGGCUAUGUCCCAAGCAUUACUGGAACUGUACCAACUAGUGAAGACAAGACUUCUUCCUUGCCCAUCACUCCCUCACUACAUUUUCUCUUUGCAUGAUGUGUCAAGAGUGGUACAAGGUAUGCUGCUCAUGACCCCACGAAGUGCUGCUAGGAAUUUUACAGCAAAGAAGAAAGAAGUUUAUGUUUCUUAUUCCAAAGUUGGACAAAAUAACGUCAACUCUAUGAUGACAGUUAUUGUACAGUUAUGGUGUCAUGAGGUGUCUAGAUGUUUUGCAGACAGAAUCAUCAGUACUGAUGAUAAGAACUGGUUCAACCAAAUGGUACAAAACUCGGUCCUCAAGUACUUCUGUUGCCCUCAUGAUGAAACUGGUCAGGGUUUUUCAUGCAGUCUAAAAGACA